AUGCCCUCGCGUAUCAGCAGCCGCCGGAACUCUCCAGUUCCCGAGUUCGACCCUUACGGGUACAGCCCCUUCGACGCGGCCGGAGAACGCUACAGCGCUAAAAGCGACGUUCUUCCACCGUAUCGCAAGGCCAGCCACAACCCAGAUGGUCACGAUAGGCACGGUCGACGAGAAAGUCCCCGCCAUGCUGCUAGCCGCAGCCGAAGUGCCGCAACAAGAUCGCAUCGACUGGUGAGGGAAGAGGAGGAUCCGUGGGAGACCGACUACGAUCCCCGCGACAAGUACUACCUAUCGGGCGAUGAAGAUGACGACGACGGCGAGAAGAUUCGCUCGUCUGCGCGGAAAGAUCGCAGGCGCAAAACAAGAGACGGAGAGCGAGAUCUAGAUCGCAGACACAAACCCGCUCGGGACCAUCACCACCAUGAAGCCAAGCGCGGAACCGGAAGGCACGAAUCGGGGGCUGCUGCCCCGGCGGCCGGUGGCAGCGGCAGCUCCCGGCCCCACACGACCCGGCGCCCCACCUACCGCCGCCACGGCGCCUCAUCUUACCUCGGAUCAUCAGCCUCUACCUCGCGUCGCCCAAAGCCUCGACCCGCCCACUCUUACAGCGGCUCGUCACGCCGCUAUCCGCCAAGCUCGAGCCGCAGCGUCAAGCGCGGCAGCGGCGGUCUUGCCGGGUUGUCGGCCGAGAACGGGGGCCAAUUUCCCUGGUCCACGGCAGCUCGGUGCGCCAUUCAGGCCGGCGCCAUCGCGGCGCUAAAGGUGCAGAACGAGCCCGGCUCGUGGAUUGGCCCCAAGGGUGGUAGAGUGGCGACCGCCGCGCUGGGCGCGGCCGUGGUCGAUACGUAUCUGGGACACAAGCAUCCCAAGACCAAGGGCGGCGUGCGACACGCUGCCAUUCGCCAGGUCGCAGAGGCAGCUAUUGGCAACAUGAUGGUCAAGCCUGGUGCGAGCAAAGUCGCUACAAAAAGAGGGCGGUAA